AUAAGUAGAAUACUUUUAUUUGCGUUUGAGUUAGGGAUUUUUAUGUGAAUGUGCUUCAUCAUAUCUUUCUUUUUUUCCGUGAAGUUAUGUAUUAACGUUUGAAAGCACAAUUUCCAUUCAUGGUUGUAAAAAGGGGCAGGGGGAUGUGUGCCAGUUGAUGGGGAUGCUUAAAUUUGAAGCAACUGCUUUUACUAGGAGAAGUCGUGAAUUUUCCUGCGUGCAUUAAUGUUUGUGAGACUAUUUGUGAUGUGAUUUCUAAUGGUGAAGGUUUAUUGUUUCAGUGGCGAGUCAGAGUCUACAUUGUAUUUCUGAUGAUAUUCUAUUGCAGACAUAAUAAUGUUAACAGAUUUGUAAAUGGGAAGGACAAAUUAGUUAGUUUCUUUGGGAAAAUAAAUGGGAUAGCCAUUCUGGUUGAUUUUGAUUAUGAAUCUUGACAUGGCACAUGCUAUGAGUGUUCCCUCUACAGGCCUCCUUGAGUUUGGCUCAAAUCCUCAAGUGAGAGGUUCACAUUUAAAAUUUGGAGAUUUUGUUUUAAGACGUUCACCUAGGUUUCUCCGUAUUCAAGCUGUGCAAGAGAAUGGAGGGCCUAGAAGAUUAGUUGAUAUUAUCAGACUUGUGCCAGAGCUCUCAAGGAACUAUUUCAGAAGUCCCUCUAGGAGGGCUCUCUUUGGGGGGAUUUCUCUGUUAGGUGGCUUCUAUGUUGCACAAACCAUCUCUCUGUCAUUUGGAGCUUUAGGAGUCAAUGAUGUGAUAGCUGCAGUAGUAUGUGUUCUUCUUACCGAGUAUGUAACAAGAUUUUACUACAGCCGUCCAAAGGUAACAUUUCCCGUUGCUCUUCUUAACAAUUUCAAGAUGGGAUUCACUUAUGGUCUUUUCAUUGAUGCUUUUAAGCUGGCAAGCUAACAACACAUAGAAAAUCAUUUCAGUGGCUCAUCUUGACCAAAGACCUGUAGCUUUGAUUUGGUGAAUUUCUCGUUCAAAUUUUAUAACUUUAUAGUUUUUGUAUUCCAAACAUUUCUGAAGUAUAGUCAUACCUAUUAAGGUUUUCAACUAUUUUCAAAAUUGCAUUUUGGUUUGUAAAUUAAGUUGUACAGUUUGUCAUAUGACCAAAGUAAAAUUAUCAUAUAGUUUGCUCUGUAAUUUAAGUUACAAACUUCUGUUUGAAAGCCUGUUAAAUACUAAACACAAUCAAGGGUUUGUAUGAUUUGUAAGGACAUGCUACUAAAUCAUAAUUAAUUUGCCUUUUUGUGGUUGCUUAUUAUGAUCA